CGUGUGUAGCGGUCAUCAACUGUAAGAACUAAACUGGAGUAAAUUGUGAACGAAUACCAAAGGAUACAGCACAGUGCCAAAGUUAUGGAUCGGGAUCGCGACGAGGCGUCCAUCACGACGAGCGAUGAGAAGUCUGUGGAAGAAAUACCAGUGGCCCCGGGCCUAGAGCCCACACCCCCGAUUAGCUUCUGGCAAUUGUUUCGCUUCUCCACAUAUGGUGAACUCUUCUGGCUCUUCAUUGGCUUUAUCAUGUGCUGUAUCAAAGCGCUCACCUUACCCGCCGUGGUCAUUGUUUAUAGUGAAUUUACUGCCAUGUUGGUGGAUCGUGCCAUGCAAGUGGGCACCAGCUCGACGGUACAUGCCCUGCCCCUUUUGGGAGGCGGCAAGAAAUUAACCAAUGCUACACGCGAGGAGAACAACGAAGCACUCUACGAUGACUCCAUUUCGUAUGGCAUUCUGCUGACCAUCACCUCGGUGGUCAUGUUCAUAUCGGGCAUAUUUUCGGUAGAUAUAUUCAAUUUUGUAGCCUUGCGUCAGGUGACACGCAUGCGUAUCAAACUAUUCGAGUCGGUUAUGCGACAGGACAUUGGCUGGCAUGAUCUGGCCACCAAGCAGAACUUUGUCCAGAGCAUGACGGACGACAUUGAAAAGAUCCGCGAUGGCAUAUCUGAGAAAGUGGGCCAUUUUCUCUAUUUAAUCGUGGGCUUUGUCAUAACGGUUGGCAUAUCCUUUGGCUAUGGCUGGAAGCUGACGCUAGCCGUGAGCUGCUACAUACCACUCGUUAUCGUCGUCAACUACUAUGUGGGCAAGAUUCAAGGCACGCUGACGGCACGUGAACAGGAGUCUUAUGCAGGCGCAGGUAAUCUGGCGGAAGAGAUCCUAAGUGCCAUACGCACUGUGGUCUCCUUUGGUGGCGAGAAACAGGAAGUGGAGCGUUUCGAGAACUUACUAGUGCCCGCACGCAAGGCUAGUCAGUGGAAGGGCGCCUUCUCCGGCGUAAGCGAUGCGGUGCUGAAGUCCAUGCUAUUUCUAUCCUGUGCGGGCGCAUUUUGGUAUGGCGUGAAUCUCAUUUUAGACGAUCGUUAUGUGGAGGAUAAAGAAUAUACACCAGCUAUUUUGAUGAUUGCCUUCUUCGGCAUUAUUGUGGGCGCGGAUAACAUUGCCCGCACGGCGCCCUUUCUCGAGUCCUUUGCGACUGCGCGUGGUUGUGCGACCAAUCUGUUUAAGGUCAUUGACUUGCCCUCGAAAAUCGAUCCAUUGUCCACAGAUGGCAAACUUUUGAACUAUGGCCUGCGUGGCGAUGUCGAGUUUCAGGAUGUCUUCUUUCGCUAUCCUUCGCGUCCCGAAAUUAUUGUCCAUCGCGGCUUGAAUAUCAAGAUCCGUGCGGGUCAAACUGUGGCUCUCGUUGGCCCCUCGGGCUGCGGUAAAUCCACCUGUAUACAGCUGUUACAGCGCUUUUACGAUCCCGUUUUUGGCGCUGUGCUUUUGGAUGAGUUGGACAUACGCAAAUAUAAUAUACAAUGGCUGCGCUCUAAUAUUGCUGUAGUGGGACAAGAACCGGUGCUCUUUAUGGGCACUAUAGCGCAAAACAUUAGCUAUGGCAAACCGAAUGCCACACAGAAGGAAAUUGAAACAGCUGCCCAACAAGCUGGUGCUCAUGAUUUUAUUAGCCAUCUUCCAGAGAGCUACCGCACUAUGAUCGGUGAGCAUGGCUCCCAGCUCUCAGGCGGUCAAAAACAACGCAUAGCCAUUGCUCGUGCCCUUAUACAGAAUCCCAAAAUAUUACUUCUCGAUGAGGCAACCUCGGCAUUGGACUAUACUUCCGAGAAACUGGUGCAACAAGCCUUGGACUUGGCCAGCAAGGGACGCACCACCAUUGUGGUUUCACAUAGGCUUUCGGCGAUACGUAGUGCAGAUAAAAUAGUUUUUAUACAUGAUGGCAAGGUACUGGAGGAGGGCUCACAUGAUGAUCUGAUGGCCUUAGAAGGCGCCUACUAUAACAUGGUUAAGGCAGGAGACUUUAAGGCGCCAGACGAGCAGGAAAAGGAGGAGAAUAUAGAUGAGGCCAAGCGCAAAAGCCUAGCGCUCUACGAAAAAUCCUUCGAGACGAGUCCGCUCAACUUUGAGAAGAACCAAAAGAACAGCGUGCAGUUCGAUGAACCCAUUAUCAGGUCCAUGAAGGAGAGCAACAAGGAAAAGCAGAAAAGUACCGCGGUGAAACCAAACUUUUUCAGAACCUUUGCGCGAAUAAUGCGCAUCUCACGGCCCGAAUGGAUUUAUCUAAUACUAGGUGGCAUUUCGGCCAUAGCCGUCGGCUGUCUCUAUCCGGCAUUCUCCAUUAUCUUUGGCGAAUUCUAUGCUGCACUCGCCGAGCAGGAUGAGAAGGUAGCGCUGAGUCGUACUGCGGUGCUCUCUUGGGCAUGUUUGGGCAUUGCGGUAAUCACUGGGGUCAUCUGCUUUCUGCAAACCUAUAUGUUCAACUAUGCUGGUGUUUGGCUGACCACACGCAUGCGCGCCAUGACCUUUAAGGCAAUGGUCAGCCAGGAGGUUGGCUGGUUCGAUGAGGAGCAAAACUCGGUGGGUGCGCUCUCAGCGCGUUUGUCUGGUGAGGUGGCCGGUGUGCAAGGUGCCAUAGGGUUUCCACUAAGCGGCAUGAUCCAAGCCGUAUCCAAUUUCAUUUCUGGCAUAUCAAUUUCCAUGUACUACAAUUGGAAAUUGGCGCUGCUUUGCCUGGCCAACUGUCCGAUUAUUGUUGGAUCUGUUAUACUCGAGGCCAAAAUGAUGUCCAAUGCAUUGAUUAGAGAGAAACUAGUACUGGAGGAAGCCUGUCGCAUUGCCACCGAAUCGGUUACCAAUGUGCGCACCAUUGCCGGCCUGCGUCGCGAAUCUGAGGUCAUCAAGCAGUACACUGCGGAGAUUCAGCACGUGGAGAUUCUCAUAAGACAAAAACUGCGCUGGCGCGGCGUGCUUAACUCUACCAUGCAAGCCUCGGCUUUCUUUGCCUACGCCGUAGCUCUCUGUUAUGGCGGCGUUCUGGUCUCUUGGGGUGAGGUGCCCUUCCAGGAUAUCAUCAAAGUAUCUGAGACGCUGCUAUAUGGCUCUAUGAUGCUGGCCCAAUCGCUUGCCUUCACGCCCGCCUUUACCGCCGCCUUGGUAGCCGGUCAUCGUUUGUUCCAAAUCAUUGAUCGCAAGCCGCGCAUUGUGUCGCCCAUGGGCACAAUUAAGAACACGCUCGCUAAGCAACUGAAUCUCUUUGAGGGCGUGCGAUAUCGUGACAUCGAAUUCCGUUAUCCCACUCGGCCAGAUGCAAAAAUUUUGAACUGUUUUGACUUGGAGGUCCAGCAAGGUCAGACUGUGGCAUUGGUUGGCCAUUCCGGUUGCGGCAAGUCCACUUGCAUUCAAUUGCUACAACGCUACUACGAUCCCGACGAGGGCACCAUUCACAUCGAUCAAGAUGAUAUUCAGCACGAUCUAACACUGGAUGGCGUACGCCGUAAACUGGGCAUUGUCUCACAGGAGCCGUCACUUUUCGAACGCACGAUUGCCGAGAACAUUGCCUUUGGAGACAAUCGUCGUGCUGUGCCCAUGGUCGAGAUAAUUGCAGCUGCCAAGAGCGCCAAUGCCCAUAGCUUCAUCAUUUCCUUGCCCAAUGGCUACGAUACGCGCAUGGGCGCACGUGGCACUCAGCUAUCUGGUGGCCAGAAGCAGCGCGUGGCCAUUGCACGUGCCCUGGUGAGAAAUCCGAAGAUCCUGUUGCUGGAUGAAGCCACAUCAGCUUUGGAUAUGCAAAGCGAGCGGUUGGUUCAGCAAGCUCUAGACUCCGCCUGCUCUGGACGCACCUGCAUUGUCAUUGCCCAUCGCUUGUCAACGAUUCAGAAUGCGGACGUCAUAUGUGUGGUUCAAGGUGGCAGAAUUGUGGAGCAUGGCACACACUUGCAGCUCAUUGCCCAGGGUGGCGUCUAUGCCAAAUUGCACAGGACCCAAAAGGAUCAUUCAAUGGCAGAGCCCAAUAUGAACGAUGGUGACGAUGCAGCCCAGGCAGAACCAAAGAAAAUCAAAUCGAAGCAACCACAAUUGGAAACAGUGAACUAUCGACAGCUUUUUCGCUAUGCCCGCGGCAUCGACUAUCUCCUGUUCGGCUGUGCUAUUACAGCGGCCCUUCUGCAUGCCCUUGUCUUUCCCAUAGCUAUUAUAGUCUAUAGCGAGCUGGUGGCUAUGUUUAUCGAUCGAAGCUUGGGCGUGGGAACCAGCUCGGGCACCAAAGCGCUGCCUUUGUUUGGCGGUGGAAAGCAGCUCACGAAUGCUAGCUAUGAGGAAAAUAUGGAGGAGCUGCGCAAGGAUAGCGUCUCAUUUGGCAUACUCAUGACGCUCGACUCCCUUUUGAUGUUAUUUUCCGGCAUGACAUUUGUGAAUAUAUUCAAUCAUCUAGCUCUUAAGCUAACGGUGUGCAUGCGCCGGGAGUUCUUCAAGGCAACAAUCAGGCAGGAAAUUGGCUGGCAUGAUAUGGCCAAGGAUCAAAACUUCGCCGUGCGCAUUACUGAUAACAUGGAAAAAAUUCGCACUGGCAUUGCCGAGAAUCUGGGCCAUUUUCUGACAAUUAUGUGCGACGUGGCCAUAAGCGUAAUUAUAUCCUUUGUCUAUGGCUGGAAAUUGGCAUUAUCCAUGUUCUUUUACAUACCACUCACCAUGGUGGUAAAUGCCGUUGUUGCGCAUUACCAAAGCAAGCUGACAGCCCGGGAGCAAAGCUCUUAUGUGCGCGCCAGCUCUGUGGUGGAGGAAGUAAUUGGAGCUAUACGCACAGUGGUCGCAUUUGGGGGUGAACGAUCCGAGUCCGCACGCUAUGAUAAUCUGCUCAAGCCCGCUCUUAAGGCUGGCAAAUGGAAGGGCGCCUUCUCAGGACUCAGCGACACGGUCAUGAAGGCCAUGAUGUUCAUAGUGGGCGCCGGUGCCUUCUGGUAUGGCGCCAAUUUGAUUCUACACGAUCGUGCCAGCGAUAUGCCCAUAGAGGGUCGAGAGUACACGCCUGCAAUUGUAAUGAUUGUGAUCUCGGGCAUAAUUGUGGGCGCCAAUCAGCUUUCACGCACUUCACCAUUCCUCGAGACUUUUGCCAUGGCACGUGGAUCGGCGAGCGCAAUAUAUGACGUCAUCGAUCGCGUGUCUGUCAUUGAUCCGCUCUCCAAGGCGGGCAAGAUACUCAACUACGGACUGAAGGGCAACAUUGAGUUUCGUGAUGUGUUCUUUCAGUAUCCCGCACGAAAAGAUAUCAUUGUGCUGAGGGGACUCAAUGUGACAGUAAACGAAGGUCAAACUGUGGCCUUGGUGGGCUCCUCGGGUUGUGGUAAGUCAACCUGUAUACAGCUGUUGCAACGUUUCUAUGAUCCGGUAUUCGGACAAGUACUUCUGGAUGGCGAAGAUGUUAGGAAAUAUAAUUUAAACUGGCUGCGCUCCAAUAUAGCUGUAGUGGGUCAGGAGCCAGUCCUGUUUCAGGGCACUAUUGGUGAAAAUAUACGCCAUGGCAAGCCGCAGGCUACCCAAAAGGAGGUCGAAGAUGCUGCAAGGGCCGCCAAUGCUCAUAAUUUUAUCAUUGCUCUGGAUAAGGGUUACGACACACAUAUUAGCGAAAAGGGUGUUCAGCUCUCCGGCGGACAGCGUCAACGCAUUGCCAUAGCCAGGGCUCUUAUACAGAAACCCACAAUACUCCUACUGGACGAGGCCACCUCCGCAUUGGAUUAUCACUCCGAGAAACUUGUGCAGGCCGCCUUGGACAAGGCCUGCAAAGGACGCACCACCUUAGUCGUAUCCCAUCGUCUAUCUGCCAUCAGGCAUGCCGAUCAAAUUGUUUAUAUUGAGAACGGCAAAACGGUGGAGCAGGGCACUCAUGAGGAUCUCAUGAAGCUGCAGGGCUACUACCAUAAAAUGGUCGCUGCCCACGAGUACGAUGAUACCGCUGAUGAGCUGCUUAAUGAAAGUGAAGAGCUGACCAAGGAGCGCAAGCAAUCCAAAGAUGUCGAACAUUUUCAUAGGAACUCACUGAAAUCCUUGGAUAAAAAUGCAGAGUUUCAAAUGAAGCGACUUAAUCUUAAUAACAAUCAAACUACUGAAGAGGAUGACAAGGCUAAGAAUGCACCGAGCAUCAGCUACCCGCGUACCUUCCUUCGUAUCCUGGCCUGGGCACGUCCUGAAUGGAGCUUUUUAAUCAUUGGUACCAUAUGUGCUGCACUUUAUGGAUGCGCCAUGCCUGCCUUCUCUAUUGUGCUGGCGGAACUAUAUGCCUCGCUGGCCGAGCCCACGGACGAGGCGGUGCUGGAGCACAGCUCAUCCAUGUCCAUUAUCACCGCGGUAAUUGGCGUUUGUGUGGGCAUCUUCUGCUUUGUACAGACAUUUUUCUAUAAUCUGGCUGGAGUGUGGCUAACCACACGCAUGCGUUCCAAGACCUUUGGUUCCAUUAUGAAACAGGAAAUGGGCUGGUUUGACGAAAAGGAGAACAGCGUCGGAGCACUCUCCGCUCGUCUGGCGGGCGAUGCGGCUAGUGUGCAGGGUGCCAUUGGGUUUCCUUUAAGCAACAUUAUACAAGCCCUGACGAAUUUCAUAUGCAGCUUUUCCAUUGCGUUCUCCUACUCCUGGGAGCUAGCGCUAGUCUGUUUGAGUACAGCUCCUUUCAUGGUAGGUUCAAUUGUGUUUGAGGCCAGGUUUAGUGAAAAAUCCGCACUAAAGGAGAAAACUGUAUUGGAGGAAACGAGUCGCAUAGCCACGGAAACCAUCGCACAAAUACGAACUGUGGCUGCACUGCGUAGAGAAGAGGAACUGAUCAAAGUCUAUGAUGCAGAAGUUGAACGAUAUCGUUUGCAAAUUAAAGGUCGUUUGAAAUGGAGAGGCUUGGUCAACUCUCUGGGCAUGACUCUCAUGUUCUUUGGCUAUGCUGUCACUUUGACCUAUGGCGGUUUUAUGUGUGCCGACGGCAGGAUCAAGUUUGAAGUUAUAAUGAAAAUUGCCAACACAAUGCUUUAUGGCCUGUUUAUUUUGGCCCAAUCCUUGGCCUUCACACCGGCCUUUAACGCGGCACUGCUCUCGGCCACACGCAUGCACGAGAUUAUUGACCGCCAGCCGCUCAUUCAAUCUCCAAAAGUUGUCGAGCAGAAUGGUAAUGGCAAUAUCUAUAAGUCAAACGUUGUUGAGCAGGGCGUUAGCUAUCGCGAGCUCAAUUUUGCCUAUCCAUCACGGCCUGAUAGCUCGGUGCUGCAAGACUUUAAUCUAGAUGUACUGCAAGGUCAAACAGUUGCCCUAGUAGGUGCCUCCGGCUCGGGCAAAUCCACUUGUGUUCAACUGCUACUACGCUACUAUGAUCCGGAUGAGGGCAAGAUACUCAUUGAUCAGAAUAGCAUACAUCACGACAUGGAGCUGAAAACCCUACGGCGUCGCCUGGGCAUUGUCUCGCAGGAACCGUCGCUCUUUGAAAAGACCAUUGCAGAGAAUAUCAGCUAUGGGGAUACCACGCGCGAGGUGCCCAUGCAACAGAUUAUUGAGGCUGCCAAAAUGGCCAAUGCCCAUGAUUUUAUUAUGACACUGCCCGCCCAGUAUGAGACCAUACUGGGCUCCAAAGGCACACAGCUUUCAGGUGGACAGAAGCAGCGCAUUGCUAUUGCCCGCGCCAUGGUCCGAAAUCCCAAGAUUCUACUGCUAGACGAAGCUACUUCAGCUUUGGAUAUGCAAAGUGAAAGGGUAGUGCAACAAGCACUGGAUUCGGCCUGCUCCGGCCGCACCUGCAUUGUGAUAGCCCAUCGCUUGUCCACCGUGCAAAACGCCAACAUCAUAUGUGUUAUACAAUCCGGACGCAUCACAGAGCAGGGCACACAUUCUCAGCUGCUGGCCAAGAAUGGCAUCUAUGCCAAAUUGUACCGCAGUCAAUCAAAUCCAAAUAACGCACAAAACUAUGCAGUAAAAUAAAAGCAAACAUAGGCUUAGUCAAGACACAAACCACAUCCCAUGAAAGUAUGCUAACUUUUAUGUUUACUCUCUGUACACAAGUAGAAAAAUAGAGUAUACACUUUAUAGAAAUACCUGAUAAGAUCAAACCGGCUUAACAUGUUGGGAGGGCCUGCAUAGUAUUAAUAGUAUGCUAAAUAUUUUAAUAGUAGCUAUUAAAAUAUAUAGAAAUAUAAAUUGGCUUCUAAUUUGGAGUUCACCACCUUAAAUCUUUAAAUAAAUAUAUCAAGCAGAGAUUAUUUAGCUUGCAAAUAUUUUCUAUGCAUCACAUUAACAUCACAUACACAUAUCUUCACCUGAGUGUUUGC